UCUCUCUCCUCGGUCCCCUCUUCACCCUCUAAAGUCUAAACCUCGUCGUCUCAUCCUCUUCUUCUUCCUUAAUAAUUUCUCAAUCGAGAAAUGAUUACUGAACCAAGUCUAACCGGGAUUUCAGGUACGGUUAACCGGAACCGUUUAUCCGGUUUACCCGAUCAAUCCGCUUCGCAUAGCUUCACUCCGGUGACACUAUACGACGGUUUCAAUUACAAUCUCUCCUCCGAUCAUAGAAACACCGUCGUAGCUCCGUCUCAGAAUUCAGUCUUUAUUCGGGAAGAAGAAGAAGAAGAUCCGGCUGAUGAUUUCGAUUUCUCCGAUGCUGUUUUAGGAUACAUUAGUCAGAUGUUGAAUGAGGAAGACAUGGAUGAUAAAGUCUGCAUGCUUCAAGAGUCUCUGGAUCUGGAAACAGCUGAGAGAUCGUUAUACGAAGCUAUUGGUAAGAAGUAUCCUCCAUCUCCAGAACGAAACUUAGCUUUCGCUGAUAGAAACGACGAGAAUCUUGACCGUGUGGUUCCAGGAAACUACACUGGAGGUGAUUGUAUAGGUUUCGGGAACGGUGGAAUCAAGCCUUUGAGUGGUGGUUUCACUUUGGAUUUUCGAAAUCCUUCCUCGGUUCUAAGUGUUCCACAAUCUAAUGGUUUGAUUACUAUCUAUGGAGAUGGAAUUGUUGAAUCGUCGAAGAAGAGUUUGUAUCCUGAUUCGAAUCGGGAGAGUCAUCAAUCUGUUUGGUUGUUUAGUAGUGGGAUUGAAGAAGCUAGUAGGUUUCUUCCUGAACAAAACAUUGUGAAUUUCAGAGAGGAGAAUUGUAUGAACAAAGGAAGGAAAAACUCUAGCCGUGAUGAGAUUUGUGUGGAAGAAGAGAGGAGUAGUAAAUUGCCUGCAGUGUUUGGUGAGGAUAUUUUGAGGUCAGAUGUUGUUGAUAAGAUCUUGGUUCAUGUACCAGGAGAAGAGAGCAUGAAGGAGUUUGAUGCGUUGCGUGAAGUUUUGAAGAAAGGAGUGGAGAAGAAGAAAGCUUCAGUGGCUCAAGGUGGGAAGAGACGAGAGAGAGGACGAGGACGUGGAAGAGGAGGAGGAGGAGGGCAAAAUGGGAAAAAAGAAGUUGUGGAUUUGAGAAGUUUAUUGAUACAUUGUGCUCAAGCUGUUGCAGCUGAUGAUCGUAGAUGUGCGGGUCAGUUGUUGAAACAGAUUAGACUGCAUUCUACGCCGUUUGGUGAUGGGAACCAGAGGUUGGCUCAUUGUUUUGCUAAUGGUCUCGAGGCGAGGUUAGCUGGUACUGGGAGUCAGAUUUACAAAGGGAUUGUGAGUAAACCGAGAUCUGCUGCAGCUGUGUUGAAGGCUCACCAGCUUUUUCUUGCGUGUUGUCCUUUUAGGAAGCUCUCUUAUUUCAUAACUAAUAAGACGAUACGCGAUCUUGUUGGGAAUUCUCAGCGGGUUCAUGUUAUUGAUUUUGGUAUUCUUUACGGUUUCCAGUGGCCAACUCUUAUUCACCGGUUUUCGAUGUAUGGAUCACCGAAGGUUAGGAUCACUGGGAUUGAGUUUCCACAGCCCGGGUUUCGUCCAGCACAGCGGGUUGAAGAAACUGGUCAAAGGUUAGCAGCGUAUGCCAAACAAUUUGGGGUGCCAUUUGAGUAUAAAGCAAUUGCUAAGAAGUGGGAUGCAGUUCAACUUGAAGAUCUUGAUAUCGACAGGGAUGAGAUUACUGUUGUUAAUUGCCUGUACCGGGCUGAGAAUUUACAUGAUGAGUCAGUCAAAGUAGAAAGUUGUAGAGACACUGUUCUCAAUUUGAUCGGGAAGAUCAAUCCCGAUCUUUUCGUCUUUGGCAUAGUGAAUGGUGCAUACAACGCACCGUUUUUCGUGACACGGUUUCGCGAGGCUCUAUUUCAUUUCUCCUCGAUUUUCGACAUGCUUGAGACAAUUGUGCCACGAGAAGACGAAGAGAGGAUGUUCCUUGAGAUGGAGGUCUUUGGGAGAGAGGCAUUGAAUGUGAUUGCUUGCGAAGGUUGGGAAAGAGUGGAGAGGCCUGAGACAUACAAGCAAUGGCACGUCCGGGCUAUGAGGUCCGGGUUGGUGCAAGUUCCUUUUGACCCAAACAUUAUGAAGACAUCGCUGCCUAAGGUCCCAUCAUUCUACCACAAGGACUUUGUGAUCGAUCAAGAUAACCGCUGGAUAUUUGUUGUUUCUCAGCUAGGUUCUCCUAACGGUAUUCUUGUAGCUAGGAUUGAUCAGAGAGUUUGUAUAUUGCUAGCAGAGUUAACUUGUUUAGAUUGUAACACGUACAAGAGGAAGCUUAAAGAAACUAAUGUUUAA